AUGGCAGUACAGCUUAAGUUACCACUUGACACUGAGGAUUUGUUGUUUCGAAUAAAAGGGGGAGUUCAGUUGGAAGGAGUCAUUAAUAAAACAGAUGAAGAAGGAAUUAAAGCAGGGUUUACAGAAGCUAUUAACAAGUUGAUUUCUAAAGUAAAUUCACGAGCUUUUGGUCUGAGUGGUCUCGGUAGCUCACUGUAUAUGUGGCCCAAAACACAUACCAGCACUCGUUCUUCAAGACUGCAAGAGGAUACACAAUGCAAAGCCAUCUUGAAAUAUGUUAUGGCUGAAGUCAGUGAGAUACUAAAGAAGGCUGCGAAAAAGAAAUUCUUAAAGGUUGUGCCUCUGAAAGUCAUAAACCUACAGAUUCGGUUUGAGAUGACUAGGCCUGAACACGUCCAAAAGUUUGUUGUCCAGCACAAUAAGAUGCCAGGUAUCCACUUCAAGCUGACACUUCCGAUUGACGUGGUAGUAUUUGCAAAUCCAGAGGAACCAUGGGGAAAUGUACAGGAUCAAUUUGUGGAAGCAAUUAUUGCGCAGCUAACUGCGAUGGACAAAUGUAUUCAGCAUUAUACAAAUGGAAAGACUGUCCCAAUGCCACAACCAUUCCACUUUGAAUUGCCAGACAAAGCUACGCUUACAACAGUAAUAUACCCUGCAGGAAUCAGUGAUGCUAUUUUGGAACCACAACGGAAAGAGUUGCAUGCUGAACUUGGCCUAGAGAAUAAACCCUUCCUCCGCCGUCCUAUGGCUUAUCUUUUUCCAAGCGACGAAGUGAAAUCUUUGUAUCUGAGAAAUAUACAUAAAUACAUUCCUGCUCCCAACCCUGAUGAGUUCAAGGUUUCCCUCGUGCACGGAUUCUAUACCUUUCAUCAUUGCCUACAAGACCAUGAACAUGACAGUGAUUGGGGUGGACUGUAUCGUUGUUUGCAAGUCAUCAUCUCCUGGUUUAACAUUCAGGGGUACAUCGACAAGCCUGUGCCUAUAGUUACAGAGUUGCAAAUUGUAGGAUAA